CGCGGCGGCGGUGACGAGAGCGGUUAGUGCGUGUGCCAUUCCGCGCCGAGAAAUGGAAGCCGACGAGGCGCGUUCGGCCUCCGGUUACUCCGGUACGAGAGCGAGCACGUUGUUGACGCAGUCGACGUCGCACGUAGUCGUAGCGCCGCGCGAGCCCGUCUCAGUGACAGCUGUGCACGUACGUGGCUUUUGAAGUUUUGUUGUUAUGACAAAGAACGUACCGCCGGGCACGACCGGUCGCCGACCAGCCGCGUAUCCGGAGCAAGAGAGACCGUCGUUAUCGUCGUCCUUGUCGUCCCUGUCAUUGUCGUUAUCGUCCUCGUUGUCACCGUCACCGUCACCUUCGCCUUCGUCGUUCUCGUCGCAAACGUCGUAAACGUGAACGUCGUGAACGCGCGUCGCGAUAAAAGUGAAUAUUGGUUCUUGUGAGGAGGAGAGUCGCAACUCGCAACGCCGGCCGGGCAACGCAACGGCGAGGAAUUAGUUCGACGGGGAUUCGAAGGUCGUCGAGGGAGGAGCGACCGCGAAGAUGUGGUGCCUCGUCAGCCAGGCCAACUCCGUCAUCCUCGAGGUGCAGGUCGACCCGAAGGCCAUCGGCCAGGAGUGUCUCGAAAAGGCCUGCGACUGUCUGGGAGUCAGCAAGGAGUGCGAUUACUUCGGGCUGAAGUACCAAAACGCGAAGGGCGAAGAACUCUGGCUGAACUUGAGAAACCCCAUAGAGCGGCAGACCGGCGGCGGCGUGGCGCCUUUAAGAUUCGCUCUGAGGGUUAAGUUUUGGGUGCCGCCUCACCUGUUGCUGCAGGAGGCUACCAGGCACCAGUUCUACCUGCACUCGCGCCUCGAGCUGGUCGAGGGUAGGCUGAAGGUCACGGAUUGGAGCUCCGUGGUUCGUCUGGUCGCCCUGAUAGCGCAAGCCGACGGCGGUGAUUAUGAUGCGCUGUCACCGCCGCACGCGCUCUACUCCCAAUGCUGUCACAUACAACCCGCGGAGCCGUGCGAGCCAAAACCGCAAGACUUCCUGCUGCGGAUAGUGCAGCAGCACAAGGAAAUAAAGGGGAUGAAAGCAUCGACCGCCGAAUAUUGGCUCUUGAAAGAGAUAUCAAACCUCGACGCAUUUGGACAGGAAAUGUUUCACAGUAAAUUUGGAUACAACGGAGUGUCUAUGAUCGGCGUUGGCCCGCACGGAAUCACGGUCUACCGCAAUCAGGACGAAGAGACACAAAAUAUACCAUAUACAGCUAUACAAAGCGCCACAUCACAACGGCGGAUGUUCCACCUGGUUUACCUCUCACUCGACGGCGAGGAGACGUCAUUGGACUUUAAAUUAGACUCCAGCCAGUCCGCCAGUGGACUUUACAGAGCGAUCACUGAGAAGCACGCGUUUUACAGCUGCGAGACAGUUAGGAGCGCGGUUACCGCGCAGUUUAUCCGCGAUUUAAAGGGGACAAUAAUUUCCAUUUUCAACGAGGACUCGACCCUGGGCAAGAAAUACGUGUUCGACAUCCGUAGAACCUGCCGGGAGGUAUACGACAAUGCACGACGUGCGCUUUAUUGCGAAGCGGCGACCAUAGCUCUGCCGGAGGAGAAUGAGAUCCUCGAUAGGCACGCUUGCGGCGAGUGCGAGAAUUCUAAGUGCAAGGAAUCUCGAGAAUGCCUGGCGAGAUUGUUGGACGCUAUGCUCUGCCGGAUCUGCAUGGACCGGAGCUUGGACACGGCCCUGUUUCCCUGCGGGCACGCUGUGGCCUGUCUGGACUGCGCCCGUCGCUGCGAGCGUUGCCCGUUAUGCCGGGCCGACAUCGAUUACUGCCGAACCAUAUACCUCCCGAUCGAGCUGACGCACAUCGACAAGCACAAUCCGAAACUGCUGUCAGAGACGAUCGAGCCCGUAUUUAGUAAACCGCUAACAGAGGAGAUCAAAGACAAAAGAAUUAUAGACAGCGAGGCGUCGGUAAACAGCAACAUUUGAGAGCGUCGAGUCAGACAUGGACUCGGUGCGUUCGAAAGAUUCUUCAGGAUUGUCACUUGCCGCGCAGGGAGGGCGUAUUGAGAUACGAGGGUGAAACUUUUUUCUGUUUGCCCGUCGAGCUACCGACCAAAUGUUUCGACAUUCGUUGAGUUACAUCCCGCGACGACGCUCGUUGGGUUUCAUCCGAUUUUUGAAAGUUUGAUUUCGUGGGACGAGUUCAGCUGCGUGCAAUUGCGUAUUUUUAUUGUUUGAUGUUGCUUCGAUGUUUCUCUGCUUUUAUUCUUAAUUUAUCUGUUUAAUUUAUAAAAAAAAAAAAAGAUUUAUUCCUAAGAUUACUAUAAUUAUACUUUUUUUUACAGAAGUUAUUUUAUUGUGUUACUCAGAAUGAUUAAACACUUACUGCGACAUUAUUGUCGACAUCACUUUUUUUUUUUAAAUUAUUGUGAAAUUAUUUGAAUGAUUUGAAUUAUAUGAAGCAUUGUUUUAUGCAAAUUCACGUAUCUUGACACCUCGGUUGCUCCUUCAGUAAAAAUUAAUGAAACUAUUAAGAAAAUUUUUUCUUGGUUCUUUGACCAAAGAAAAAUGUUUUUCAGGAAUAGUA